CGUCUCCGAUCUCCAUUCUCAGCCAAACUCCACCCUGAGCCCCUGCGGCGGGAGCCAGGCCGCCGGAGCCCACGCUGCAGAGGGGCCUGCGUUGUCCACAGAUGAGAGAACUGGAAAGCUCCUGGUAUCAUAAGUUAUUAUCCACUGACUCUGCGGCAUCUAAGGCUGCCCCACCUGCCACCCUGGCCCUGCUCUGCUUGGACGGCGUCUCCCUCUCCUCGGCCGAGAAUGACUUUGUGCGCGGGAUCCAGGAGGAACUGGCGCGCUUCGUGCUGCAGAAGCAGCUGUCGAAGGUCCUGCUUUUCCCAGCACUCUCCAGUCGCCUCAGGUACCUGAUCCACAGGACCACGGAGAGCUUUGAUCUCUUGAGUAGCUUUUCUGUCGGCGAGGGCUGGAGGAGGAGGACGGUCAUCUGUCACCUGGACAUCAGGGUGCCCAGUGCCGAUGGCCCGUCUGGUCCCAGCCGCCCUCCCGCCACCCACCCUGGCAAGUACCGCGGCCCUCGGCUCUCUGCGAAGCAGGGAGCAGCUGCGGGCCCCCGAGGCGGGCGGCAGGGCCGAUGGCAUCGCGGACGCAAGCCAGACCAGCCUCUGUACGUUCCUCGGGUGCUACGCAGACAAGAGGGAGAAGCGCCAGGCCCUGGGGUCUCAGAAGAGCCUGGAGCUGUCGCCGCCAAUCCCUCUGAUGAGGAACCUCCUGUGUUGACCACUCAGGGAACGGAGGACCCAGGCCAGUGUCGCGAGAAUGGGUCCCUGCCGGAGCCCGUUGGCACCACACCGCCAGGGCCGGAGAGCCCCCGGGGGGAGGGGGACAGGGUGGAGACGGCCACACAGCCUGGGGGCAGCCUGCAGCCAGCGCUGGAGGAGGAGGAGGAGCGAGGUCCACUAGGGCUGAGCCUGGCGGCGGCGGCGGCGGCGGCGGCGGCGGCGGCGGAGGAGGAGGAGGAGGAGCGAGGUUCGCUAGGGCAGAGCCUAGCGGCCGAGGAGGAGGAGGCGGAGGAGGCGGAGGAGGAGGAGGAGGCUGGCAGCUGCUCCGAAGCUGAGGAUGGUUACAGCGAGCUGCUGCAGGAGAUAACGGAGCACCUGACCGAGAAGGAGAUCCAGGUGGAGAGGGUCCGUGUGGACACGUCCCCCUUCGCCGAGGAGCUGCCUGCGGAGCAGGACUUGGCCCACGUGGUGGAGAUCUAUGACUUUGAACCUGCGCUCAAGACGGAGGACCUGCUGGCCACGUUUUCUGAGUUCCAGGAGAAGGGGUUCAAGAUUCAGUGGGUGGACGACACUCACGCGCUCGGCAUCUUUCCCUGCGUGGCCUCAGCUGCGGAAGCCCUGGCCAGGGAGUUCUCGGUGCUGAAGAUCCGGCCGCUGACUCAGGGCAGCAAGCAGGCAAAGUUGCGAGCGCUGCAGAGGCCCAAGCUCCUGCGUCUGGCGAAGGAGAGGCCACAGACGGACGCAGCUGUGGCCCGAAGGCUGGUGGCCCGGGCCCUGGGGCUGAAACACAGAAAGAAGGAGCGGCCUGCAGCCCGCGGCCCAGAGUCCCCUGCCACUCCGCGGACUGUGCCCCAGGACUGAGCCGGGCCCAACGUCACAGCCUUUCCAGACACCAGGAUAGCCCACACUGUCCGGAUCCCCUGGGCACAAGGGCCUCACUGUGGUCUGGUCCCAGAGCUUGAGCCAGAAUAAAUAGUGUUCCGCUGUGACAGCUUCGGUAUGCGCUGAUGGUGCUGGGAUCCACGUGGGUCCCGUGGCAGCUGCAGAGGUUCCCUGGCGGCCCAGAGGCUCCCCCUGGGCCCUGUACAGUCUGCGCAGUUCGGGGGUGCUUGCCCCUGCUCUGUGACAUGGCCUGUGGCCUGUACUGUGCGACCUGGCCAGUGGCCUGGUGCUGCCGAGGGUCCCAAGGCUUUGGGCUGGUCCCCUGCUGCCUGGGGAGGCAGGUCACAGAAGUCAGCGUGAACGACACAGGAGGGCAGGUCUGAAUGUGUGCCCAGUCUGCGCCCCUUGUGGGAGCAGGUAUGGAGCCAUCCUGAGGGUGGGCCCUGCACCCUUCUCUUCUGGUCUGGGUGGAGUGGGUGCCAGGGUGGCCCUGCAUGGGGCUUGGGGACUCUUGACGCGCUGGACCCUGGCACAUUCCUGAUGCAGAGGGAGCCUGGACAGAGGCCAGCGGCUCAGCCUCUGCCGAAGCACACCCGGGCCCUUUGGGAAGCGGCCUUGGGACUGUUGAAACCUGGCUGUCCCGCCUGGGCCUAACGUGAUGAUGCCCCCUGACAAGUUUUAGUAAAAAACAAGAGGAGUGAAGAAGGUGA